UCACUGCGCAGACUCCAAAACAGAGUGACGUGGAGAAUAAACCAGCGACCUCCUGCUAAAACUUUAUGAACUAUGAAAAAAUUGCAUAUCAAGUUGUUUGCUGGUUGGUGGUGACCCUACUAUUUGAGGACUUACCGUAUCUAUUUGAUCUUUGGGAGGAGCUUUAUUUUCAGCCAAGCGAAGAGGGAUAUAGCCUUAUGUAUAGCUGGUACAACGAUAGAAAGAACCUGUGUAUGGAUAGCGUUAGGACGUGAAGCAAGUCAAGUGUAUUUGUACCACAGGAUUCACAAUAUGACGCUGGAUGAACUCGACGCAACUUGCGGGACACUGUCUGAAAUUUAAUGAACGUUAUCUAUCUUUGACCAGCUUGUUAGCUUGCUAACAACAGCAGCCACUCAGCAGAGAAGAAGGGAUCAGCAAGCUAAAAUGGGCUCUUUGCUGCGGGGUGAAGAAAUGUGCUUGGCCCAACUGUUUCUUCAGUCCGGGUCAGCAUACGACUGCAUCGGUGAUCUAGGAGAAUUGGGCAUUGUAGAGUUCAGAGAUCUUAAUCCCAGUGUUAAUGUAUUUCAACGAAAAUAUGUCAAUGAAAUCAAAAGAUGUGAAGAGAUGGAGAGGAUCCUUGGCUAUCUGUUGAGAGAAAUCAAGAAAGCUGACAUUUCCUUGCCGGACGGCGAUGUUAAUCCUGUGGCUCCUUUACCAAAACACGUGAUGGGUAUAAUGGAGCAACUACAGAGGCUGGAAGUGGAGUUAGGGGAGGUCAUGAGGAAUAAGGAGAGAUUGCAGAAGAAUCUGUUGGAGCUCACAGAGUACACACACAUGCUGCGCAUCACUUGCAACUUUGUGCAGAGAAGCGCUGAGAGAGAGCCAUUGCAAGUUGCAUAUGAGGAGUUUCCUUUCCUAGAAAAAGACACAAUGAUGGAUUAUAGCAGUAUGCAGAGGCUUGGAGCCAAACUAGGUUUCGUUUCUGGGCUCAUCCAGAGGGCAAAGAUCGAGGCCUUUGAGCGAAUGCUGUGGAGAGUGUGUAAAGGCUUCACUAUUCUCAGCUAUGCUGAAGUUGAGGAGUAUCUCGAAGAUCCUGACACUGGUGAGCCCACCAAAAGUGUGGUGUUUCUAAUCUCCUACUGGGGAGAACAAAUUGGCCAGAAAGUGAAGAAGAUCUGUGACUGCUACCACUGUCAUCUGUAUCCAUAUCCCAGUAACAAUGAGGAGAGGAACGAUGUUGUGCAAGGACUAAGUACUCGCAUUCAGGACCUGCACACUGUACUUCAUCGAACUGAAGAUUACCUGAAGCAGGUCCUGAUCAAGGCCUCUGAAUCGGUCUACACUUGGGUCAUCCAGGUCAAAAAGAUGAAAGCUAUCUACUACAUUCUCAACCAGUGUAGUUUUGACGUCACCAACAAGUGUCUUAUUGCUGAGGUCUGGUGUCCUGUCGAUGAGCUUCCCACUCUGAGAAGAGCACUCGAAGAAGGAUCGAGGAAAAGUGGAUCAACAGUUCCAUCCUUUGUCAAUCGCAUACCCACCAAUGACACUCCCCCUACCCUGAUAAGGUCCAACAAGUUCACUGUUGGCUUCCAGAACAUUGUGGAUGCCUAUGGAGUGGGGACAUACAGAGAAGUCAAUCCUGCUCCUUUCACAAUUAUUACAUUCCCCUUCCUGUUCGCCGUGAUGUUUGGAGACAUGGGUCAUGGUCUUCUUAUGGCUGCCUUUGCUUUUUGGAUGGUGUUGUGUGAGAAUAACCGCAAGCUUAAGAAUACCAGGAAUGAGAUCUGGAACACUUUUUUUGAAGGUCGUUACAUCAUCCUAAUGAUGGGCCUUUUCUCUGUUUAUACGGGCCUGAUAUACAAUGACUGUUUCUCCAAAUCCAUGAACAUCUUUGGUUCCGGAUGGAGCGUCAAAGCCAUGUUCACAGCUAAUGCGUGGAAUGUUCAGGAUGUCAGAGAGAAUGGCUUUCUUAUUCUGGAUCCAAAUGUCACUGGAGUGUUCAAAGGACCAUACCCUCUUGGAAUUGACCCAAUUUGGAACUUGGCUUCAAACCGUCUUAUGUUUCUGAACUCCUAUAAGAUGAAAAUGUCAGUCAUAUUGGGUAUCAUUCACAUGAGCUUUGGGGUGAUCCUCAGCACUUUCAAUCACUUGCACUUCAGGAGGAAGCACAAUUUGUACUUGGUAUUUCUCCCCGAGAUCUUGUUCUUGCUAUGCCUCUUUGGAUACCUGGUCUUCAUGAUACUCUACAAGUGGCUCUUCUUCUCUGCCAAGAACUCCAGACAGGCUCCGAGCAUCCUCAUUCACUUUAUAAACAUGUUCCUCAUGCAGGGGGACUCGGUUCAGCCCCUUUACCCUGGACAGAGCGGCUUGCAGAUGUUUCUGGUAGUCAUCGCUGUGCUCUCAGUGCCUGUACUGUUCCUUGGGAAACCACUCUACCUCUAUUGGCUUCACCGUGGAAGUCAUCGGCUUAGUUUGUACAGGGGUUAUGAGCGUGUGCGUCAUAGCAGUGAAGAGGAGCUCUUCUUGUUACGGACUCGUGACAUGGAGGAGGGCAGCAGUCACAGUGAGCUCUCCUCGAGUGGGGAGCAGCACACGGAGGAGUUUGACUUUGCUGAUGAGUUCCUGCACCAGGCCAUCCACACUAUAGAAUACUGCCUAGGGUGCAUAUCCAAUACAGCUUCUUACCUCAGGCUCUGGGCUCUGAGCCUGGCACAUGCCCAGCUAUCUGAAGUACUUUGGGCCAUGGUGAUGCGAGUAGGACUGCGAAUGGAAUCGAUUCUUGGGGUUUUAUUCUUAGUGCCGGUGUUUGGCCUGUUUGCCGUUCUCACCGUGUCCAUCCUGCUGGUAAUGGAGGGUCUGUCUGCUUUCCUCCAUGCCCUUCGACUGCACUGGGUGGAGUUUCAGAAUAAAUUCUACAGUGGGACCGGAGUCAAGUUUUACCCAUUUUCAUUCUCUCUCCUGCCCUCCAGCUUUGAACAGGAAGGGUUGCUGUGAAGUAAUGGACAUUCGCUUGGAUGAUUUAAAAAGCCAAUAUGUGAUUAUUCCAGUGAUUUCAUCAUCGAGUUUGAUUUUUUUUUUAUGUGUGUUUCUGUCACCGCUUUACCCAUUUUCCUUAGUGAGUUGAACUUUUAAGAGGACCACAACACCCUACAGCAUGUACACUGCCAGUUUGAGAUGUACCAAAAAUACAGCUGUUCUGAGAGUUUGUACAGUAAAUAUUGUAGGCUAUUUUGUACCAUAGACAGUACCGGUAUAUAUGUUUCACUUUAGGGCACAGAUGAUGUAGUUUGUAAUUUCAAUUUUAUCAUAAGGCCCAACUUGAUGUCAAGUAUUACGAAGCACUUCCACCAAGUUGAGAAUUUGAUAAAGUGAAGUAAGUUUAUGUGCACACAAACCUUGUUAGAUUGGAUUUCGUUAUCGCUAAGGUUUUUGUUAUUUAUAAAAAAACAUCUUUUCAUUUUCCGCCCACACAUUUCUUAUUUGUGCACAUUACCUAAUUAUCCAAAACAUAAUUCGCCGACUUCAUCUUUUUUUACUUUUCCCCCAAGUUUCAGUUUUGGCACAUUUGAUUUUUAUACACUUUGUAGAAAGCAAGCCUUCAUUUAAUAGCUCACCCUUUGGUUGCUUGCCUUAAUACAACGAAUGAACACCAUAAAUGCCUUCUGUUAGCCUUGCCUUCUUAAUUUAUGAUACCAAAACACAAUGUAUGAUCUGGUAUCUUUUUAUGUUUGUAAAUAAAAAUUGUAAGUCAGGAAGGUGUGAGAUGACAUAUUACUGCUUUAACAGGAUUUUUUUUAUUCAUUUAUAAAAUCCUGCAGAAUUAAAGAUGAACGCACAUUU